AUGCUAUCAGCCUCCCAGGCAUUCCCAAGCACACAGCCCCAGUCAAGCGCUCGACCGACCCCAUUCGCAACACCGGCGCCGACUUCUCCGCCCCCGAAACGGAAACCGACAUUCGUUCUGCCGCGCUCACCGUCCCCAUCCCAGGCCCCUGAAGACCCCUCCGCCAUCCCUACCCCAUUCUCUCCUUCAUCUCACACGCUCCGUCGUCGUGGCCGUGCCCGCUCCUCGGCCCCUAGUUAUCUACCCGGCGGCAUGGCAGCCGAAGUGCGCAGCUGGAUCUUAGAAUUGAGCACCAAGCGAGAACAGAUGCAGAUGAACUACCGAAACCGCACUGGAGCCGGCCUGGAUCUGCAGAGAUACCUUCUAGUCGUUCGUAUUGCGGAUAUUCGUCAGUCUACCCUCGCUAGUUCCGGACCGCUUGCUUUUGUACGAGGCCAACCUGUGACGUCACUAGAUGAUGAAGAGGACGCUUCUGGUCAUCGUGAGGGCAGUGGGAUGAAAAAUAUUCUUCUUUUAGGGACCCCGCGCUCUCAGUCGGCUGGAGUGUCGUCGCAGCAUCCAGAUGCUAGUCGUGUUCCUGAGCUUGUUGGGGGGAAUGUGGUGGGUGUUCAUCGGGGAUUGGUCUGGGAGUUAGAUUUGGAGGAUAGGCUGGCUGGAUAUGGUACACACAGCGAUCCCGAAAGGGAUGGGCACGGGCAAUCUGGGACCACGACGAAGUGGCUCGUGUGUAUGGAGUGGGAUCUGAUAUCAGUUCAGUAG